GUGUGUUCGACAGAGGGAAAGUUCUUUGGUGUUGCUUUAAAUAAUCCAAAAAAAACAAAAAAACAUAUAGUGGAUACGUGUGCUUAUGAUGGACCUAUUUCUGGAUAGAGGUUUUGCUAUGUGUAAUUCAUAUUUGUAAGUUACUUCUCUUUCUUUCCCAUCUUGGGGCUGUAGUUGUUCUGUUGUAGUUUGACUGCUAUCUGAUAGCAUUUCUCAGAAUUGGUUUGGUUAAUGCUAAACAGUCUCUUGCACAAAUAUUGACAAGGUGCAAUUGAUCAUAGUUGAUGCUGUCAGUAAAGCUUACAAAAAUACUGUUUUUCUAACUGUAGUUUGUCACCACAGGGGGGAGAUAGUUCACUGAAAUGGCUACAGGGCCCCUAAGAUGUUCACUCUCAGCCAUGCCACACAUGAAGUGAUUUAAGUAUCUUGCUCACGUUCUUCGAGCGCUUGGUUUUGAAGAACAUUAUGAAAACAAAUUUUACAGCUAACUGUCACAAUUCAGAUGACUCUUAAUAUUGGUGUCAAGUUUAAAAGAUAUUGAGAUGGUUAAGCCUUCUGUGUACAAGAUAAUAAUGCUUUUUUAAGUCUUCUUGGUUAAGGUUAUUUUCUUCACUUAAUAUUUGCUUCAGCUACAAAAAAAAUAAAUAAGUAACUGGAUAAAUGCAAGGAAUUUGCUUCGGACAAGUUGAAUAUCACACAUUGCUGAAAGGCAGAUGUUCUUAUAAAUGUCAUCUUGUAUUUACAGAGGAAGUUGCCUGCUUUUAGCUCAGAAGUAUUAGUCUAAUGUGCGUAAGCUUAAACACUGCUUGUUUUAUUAGCAUGAGGGAGUUUUGUUUAACCUGCUUCGCAUGCCAUGUUUACUGUAAACAUGAUUUUUGAGUUGAGCUCUGGUUACACCAUAGAAUCUACCUAAUAGUCUACUACAGCAUGAAUAAGUAACAUGUCAUGCUAUCCAUGACAAUGGACAUCAGUUGUGUGAUAAAAGACUGUUCCUAUAAGCACCCACACUAAUAAAUUACCCCAAAACUGUGACACAGCAGAUGGAUAAUAGUAAUUCACAGAGGUGCUUCGUUCUCAUAUACUGUGUAGUCAGUCACAUAUUUUGUGGUUUGAUAUUGUAUGUUGAUCCCUCCUCCAUGUUGCAUAUGUAUGUGUGUGUGUAAACCACCAUAAGAAGGAGCCUGUUUGUGCUUUCUUUGUAUUUCCAACAUUUGUUAUUUGUCUUUUGCUUUUUUUUUAGUUAUUCUGGGCAAAUGCAUUUAUUUCCAAAGAGAAAAUUAUUUUUGCACCUCAGGCAUAUAAGCAUUUGUUAGCAAUUUGAGAUGGAUGUUUGCACUGUUCAAAGAUCAUAGAGGUGGAGAACAAGAAGCCGACACUGGACGGAUGCCUGUUUCCUGCCAACCUGGUUCCAGCCUUGAAGUGAAAAUGGCCUGAGUAAAAAAAUAAAAACUUACGCUCUCCUCACUGCAUUGAAUCCCUCGUGGGAUACCAAAAGAGACAGAAAUGGAUAAUGUAUUCGCCGUGGGACGAGUAGUAGCUUCAGUGUAUGAUAAACAGGGAUUCUUACUGAAGCUUGAUGGCAAACUGCCUCUGGACCUUAUGUACAAGUACGGCAAUCUCAGCAAGGGAGCUUGCAAGCAAGGUUUUGCUGCCGCCAAAAUGACUGCCAUUUAUCCAAAGUUUACAAAACCCGCUCCCAUGUUUCUGGAUCCAAAUUUUAAACGCCUGACAAAAAUCAGCAGUUAUUUACCUCCUUUCGGAAUAAAAACGCAAGAAAGGAUCAUAGAUGUUAUUUUAUCAGAAACUCAGAACUACGGGCUGGGCUCGGAGCUGGACAGUUUGAGUUGUACAAAAUGCAUCAUCAUCGGAAAUGGUGGAAUCCUCUCCAACAAGUCGUUGGGCUCUGUGAUAGACGAGUACGAUGUCGUCAUCAGGCUGAAUGAGGCCCCAGUGAGUGGCUAUGAAAAAGACGUCGGUUACAAGACCACCAUGCGCAUCACCUAUCCCGAGGGAGCCAUCCAGAAACCGGAGCACUAUGAGAAGGACUCCAUCUUCGUCUUUUCUGCCUUCAAGCCCCUGGACUUUAAGUGGCUUCGACACAUGGUCUUCAGGGAGAGGCUGAGGGCUACAGAGGGCUUCUGGAAGUCCGUAGCCCGUUCUGUGCCUCGAGAACCCAACGAGAUGCGCAUCCUCAACCCCUACUUCAUCCAGGAGGCAGCCUUCCAGUUCAUUGGCCUCCCACUCAACAAUGGUGUCAUGGGACGAGGGAACAUUCCUACCCUGGGGACCGUUGCCAUAACGAUGGCCCUCCAUAAUUGCGAUGAGGUAUCCGUGGCCGGAUUCGGCUACGACAUGAACACCCCCCACGCGCCGCUCCACUACUACGAAAAAGUCAAGAUGUCAGCCAUCAAAGAGUCGUGGACACACAACAUAGCCAAGGAGAAGGAGUUCCUGCAGAAGCUGGUGAAGGCGGGGGUCAUACAGGACUUGACCAAUGGUAUCUGAGACAGAACACAACCCCACCCCACCCCAUCCUUCCACCCCUCCAACCACCUCCACCUACCACCACCCAACCCAACCUGACCCUGCCCAGUCUCUUUGUUGACCUGAGGGACAAGAAGCCCCAGAGGGGACAGCGGAGUGCAGUGCCCCCAACUCCACCCACCCCCUCACCGUCCCUCACCCAGGCUCCUCUCAGUACUGUUUACCCCCCCCCACCCCCAGCCCUGCUGGGACUUAACCUGCCCCACCCCUCAGUGGCAGCAGCCCUAUCUGUAUUUGAGUGGGUGACGUUUGGGUGUGGGGGGGGUUUGGAGAGCAGCUAGGAACCAAAGGCCCACUGCCGCGCACAGCCAGUCGAGAGACGGUGGAAACAGGCCGGUCUGUGCCAAACAUACCUCCGGAGGAAGCGCUUCUCCUCCCAUGUGCUUGAAUGUAUUCACAACACAAACAUCAAAGAGAUACUGGAGGUUUUUUUUUUUUUCUUGUAUGUAUUUUUUUUUUUCCAUUUUUUUUUUAUUGUUGCAUUACCCUCUGCCUCAGUUUCAGGCGUAGAGGAAAGGACCGUCACCGUCCGGAAAACUCACACACUCAUGGAGAAAACAAAUCAUGUACACACACACACUCAUACUGCACACACACAACAAUCAUGUACACACACAAAAACAUUAUGUACACACACACAAACUCAUACUGCACACACAC